ACCACAACCAUGGCCAGCGAAAGCUACUACAUCGGCGUCGACGUCGGCACCGGCUCCGCGCGCGCAGGCCUUGUCAAGAAAGACGGCACGCUCGUCGCGUCGUCCACGCAGAACAUCACCACCUUCCGCGACCCGCAGGACCACCGCAUCUUCGAGCAGUCCACCAACGAGAUCUGGGCCGCCAUCGCAAAGACCAUCAAGGCCGUCCUCGCAGAGUCGAAGGUCCCCGCGUCCGCCGUCAAGGGCCUCGGCUUCGAUGCGACCUGCUCGCUCGCCGUCACCGACGAGAACGCAGAGCCCGUCGUCGUCACAAAGGGCGACCAGCUCGGCCAGAACGGCGACCGGAACAUCAUUCUCUGGGCCGACCACCGCGCCGAGGAGGAGGCCGAGCUCAUCAACAGCACGGGCUCCGUCGUGCUCGACUAUGUCGGCGGUACCAUGAGCUUGGAGAUGGAGGUCCCGAAGACGCUCUGGCUCAAAAGACGCAUGGACCCCAAGCUCUUCGCGCGCUGCCAGUUCUUCGACCUCCCCGACUUCCUCAGCUACCGCGCGACCGGCUACAACACGCGCUCCGUCUGCUCCAUCGCGUGCAAGUGCUCGUACGUGCCCGCCAAGGGCGGCUGGCAGGGCGACUUCUUCGAAAAGAUCGGCCUCCCCGAGUUCUCCAGGGAGAACUACCGCCAGAUGGGCGCCGCCGACGGGGACGUGCUCAGCGCGGGCCUGCCCGUGGGCAAGGGCCUCAGCAAGCGCGCGGCACAGGAGCUCGGGCUCGUCGAGGGAACCCCUGUGGGGAGCGCUGUGAUCGAUGCCUAUGCGGGCUGGCUAGGGACGAUCGCUGCGCGGUAUAAGGAGAAUGGUAAGCUGUCAGACGUUAGACCGUCCCUCGACGAGUCCAGACAGCGGCUCGCCGCCGUCGCUGGUACAAGUACAUGUUACGUUGUCCAGAGCCCCGAAGGUGUGUUCGUGGAUGGUGUAUGGGGACCUUACAGGGAUGUGCUCUUCCCCGGAUGGUGGUGUAACGAGGGCGGCCAGUCCUCUACGGGCCAGCUGAUCGACUUUAUGAUCACCACCCACCCUGCGUACAAAGAGCUCCAAGAGAAGGCGGAGAAGGAGAACACGAACAUCCACGAAGUGCUCCAUGAUACCCUCGUGAAGAUGAAGGAGGAGAACGGGGUGGAGACGUUCACCGAGCUCACCAAGGACCUCCAUUUCUACCCCGACCUGCACGGAAAUCGCUCGCCCAUCGCCGACCCGCGCAUGCGCGGCGCAAUCAUGGGCCUCACCCUCGACGCCGGCCUCGGCGACCUCGCGCGCAAGUUCAACGUCACCCUCGAAGCCAUCGCCCUGCAGACGCGCCACAUCGUCGACGAGAUGAACGCCAAGGGGCACGCGAUCCGCGCGAUCUACAUGUCCGGCGGGCAGGCGAAGAACGGCGCGCUCAUGGCGCUCCUCGCCAACACGUGCAAGAUGCCCGUCGUCACGCCCGCGAACGCGGGCAUCGCCGUCGUCCUCGGGAGCGCGAUGCUCGGGCGCUUCGCCGCCGAGUGGGAGGAGAUGGAGAGCAAGGGUGCGAAGGCGGACGCGAAGGCGCAGGCGCAGGGCUUGUGGGAUAUCAUGGUCGAGAUGACACCGCCAGGGACGCUGAUCCCGCCGGCGGCGAGUGACAAGGAGAAGAGGCUGUUGGAAGCCAAGUAUAAGAUUUUCCGGGAGACUAUUGAGAUCCAGAAGAGGUGGAGAAAAGAAAUGGAGGAUGCUGCGAAGUGAAGUGAUGAGGUGAAAAUGGAGGAAGUGCAUUUAGAACAAAAUCUUGUAUUGAUACUUCAUAGAAACAGGCUAUAGAAUCUGAGGGCAGUUUGGGUCAAACUUAUGGGUAUUAUCGCCAGCUUGAAGCUGUGUUGUC